CUUCGUGAAACCGGAAUCAGAUGUUUACUUUUUGAGCUCGUUUUGAUUGCUCGAGCAAUUUUGUUGCCUCCUUAUUCCAAGCUUCCAAGAUCACAACUCGAUUUUGAUGUCCUCUAUCCAACCACUCUACUAGACUACUACACCACUAUCGGUACCUUACAAUAGCUCUUACAAUAGUAUCUGCUUCCAGUAAGUUAGGCUGGCGAAACCAUUCCAUCCUGAACCAAGCAAAGGCAGUUUCUCUUUCAUCAGUUAGUUCGCCCUUGACCCCUGAACAGUAUUUUCAGAUCAUCCAUUCAUUCAUUCAUUCACUCACUCGAGAAUCGAAACGAGAAUAUGAGCAGUGAUUCCACCGACACAAGCAACAACAACGCCUUGUCGGACUUUUACACUCGUGCGUAUACCGACGCCGUGAUUGACCGUUGGAAUACAGACGAGCAGUUGAUUCUGGAACAGCAGAUCCAACGAUGGCCCGCCUUGCUGUCGUGCCUCUGCAGUCUCUACGUGAUUGUAGACAUUGUACGGCAACCGCACGAACGCGUCAAAGUGGCCAAUCGCAUCGUGGUCCUGCUGAGCGUCUGUGACGUGCUGUACUCGUUCUGGUCGCCCUUUUUAGGAUCGUGGCCGGCACCCGUAGGAUCCGCCUACGGCGCUGCGGGAAGUGUGGCGGCGUGCAGCACAGCGGCCUUUUUUUCGGGAUUGGGAUUUUACGCAUCGACGUAUUACAAUGCCAGUUUGGCCAUUUGCUACGUUCUCAUGAUUUGCUACGGCUGGAAUGAAACCAAGCUUGCAGCAAGAAGAGUGGCGUGGUUCUUGUAUCUCAUUCCCCUCGUCAUUGUCUUGCCCUGGUGUAUCCUGAGUCUGGCAUGGGAAGGAGGCAACUAUAACGGAAGAACGUGUGGCAUGAUGCAAGCAUAUCCACAGUUUUGUGACAAUGAAUUGGUCAAGUGUGAACGAGGUGGCAAGAUUGUCGAUGUCUUUUGGCAAAACAACGCAAACACACCACGAGGAUGGAUACUCAUGGUCCUCCCAAGCAUUGUAUGUGGUCCCAUUGUCGUGGGGUGCAUGUUUCUACUCUACCUCUACGUCCUCCGACAAGAAUUGGCCAAUGAUCGGUACCGCAUUUCCGUUUCUACCAAAGAAUCUCGUCGACACUCCCAACAAGUCGCGUUUCAAGGCAUUCUCUACGUCUGGGCAUAUUUGGCCGUCGAGAUUCCAUGGAUUGUGGGAGUCUCCAUGUGGGCACAGAGAAAGGCAAACCCUGCCCUGUUUGUCAUUCCGUCCAUUCUCAUGCCACUCCAAGGAUGGUGGAAUGCAGUGGUAUACCUACGACCACGCUAUUGGCCGUGGAUCCAGCAACGGUUGUCUUGCUGUUGUUGUACAGCGUCCAAAACCAAGGGACCCGAACAGCAACAAGGGGAAGAAAGUGCCACGCGUCCCAUUUCGGUCGAAACCCUGUCGGUUGCAGAAGAGUCCUUUGCCGAUGAUGAUGAUGACAUGGAAAAGGGGGAAACAACCACUACCUCAAAGCCUACCGGUACGGCAAUUAGAAUAGAAGAAUCGAAACGGCCCACCAUGCCCGACAAAACGAAACCACCACGGCCCACCAAGCCCGACGAAACGAUUCUCCAAUCGGCCGUCUUUUUGGGAAAUAGUCAGCACUAAUAAACUAACCCACGCACGAACUAACUAACUACACUGUAUAGUCAUAUUCUUUUUGACCUU